CAUCUUCGGAAAGUUCAUCUUCCCGCUCUGCUUCGGGGCUUGUGUGACGAUACUCUUCAGGAAAUGCCACCUAAUCCAUAAACCAGAGUUUCCUUAUGACAUUUCCUUUGACCUGAUCAUGGACGUGCUCCUGCUGAGUCCAUGUGACGAGCUCGAGCGGUGUGAAGGUGAAGAAUUUAUAAUGGGCAACCACAUAUGGCCCGGCGACGAGUUUGUCCGCGACGUUCUGCCUCUGAGCGUUGCUGCCGUAUUGAAAGAGAUGGCAACCUAUUCUGAACCUUACGUGAAGAAAUCUCUUGCCUUCUUAUGGCCGGUGACUGUAACUGUCUUCGCAAAAUCUGAAGAACUCGAGCGACUGUCACUCGAUGCAAAGGAAAACUCAAUCAGAACCAUUCAACACUUCCUUGCUAGCAACGCACAGUUCUGGAACAAUUUUCAAAUCAUGGAUGAGGUUUCUUUGAACUGUAUCGUGCAUUCACUUUCCACCAAUACGUUCUCGGAACUGGAAGCCGUUUUCAGCAAAACUAUGGACAAUACUUUCCGGUUCGAUGUAUAUGCCCGGACCAGCCGGGUCACCACGUGCUUUUUAGUCGUUGAUGAAGACAGCGUAGGACAAAAUGCUGGGAUUUCUGGCAACGUUUUCACCGAUGAUGACGUUAGUGAGAUCUUCGUUCUCUCUAUACUGCUCCUUAUGAUGUAUAUCAUACUUGCAGUGAUGGAGACUCCACAUAUAGGACUUUGUUCCUUCAAGUUCCGGGCGCCGGGAAAGUUAGUGUUUCUCAUCAACAUAAUGCUGGCGGUGACGCAGAGUUUGGUGGUGCGGGCAUUGAUGCUGCUCGGCUGGGAGCUCAGGAACGCCGUCGAGGACUCGGCAGGGAAUCUCUUCAGCAUGGCUAACGACAUCAGACAUCAGUUCUACCGCCAGGCUCUCGUCAGCUAUCUGUUGUCCCUCCAGGUGUUGCUGCUGAUGGCGAAGAGCGUCGUGAUGCCCUCGUUCUUGCAUUCUACCCUCACGUCCCUCAUCAGGAGCCUGAGGCUCACGCUGCAGAGGCUGUGGCAGGUGUUGGCGCUCGUUUUGCUUGGCAUAUUCGCCAUGUCGACUCUCCUUUACUCCAUCACCGACGAUGAAACGCUUGCGCUGCUCACUCUCGAGGGUUCUUUCAUCUCUAUACUGAAAGCUGAAAGUCGUUCUUUGAGUUCUGCGAGUCGUCUUUUCCUGCCUUUUGAUCUGUUCGUGGGGCUGUUCCUGAUGACUAUACUCCUGGCGUAUAUCGCUGACAUCGCUGAAGACCAACAACCUGAUGAAACGAUUUCAUCGUCCUCGGAUGAAGAUUCUGACGAUGACUCGUUCGGAAUUUGAAUAGAGCUCAGACUAAUGAGUUGAUGCGAGUUUGAAGAACUCACGAUGAUUCAUGAUUCAUACGUGGUUGAAGACUAGCAUGAUUCAAGCCGGGGACAAAAUUUCAUGAUGGCACGUAAGAUUCGACGAGCGAGUAGUUUUAGAUAUGAAUAAGCAUGAAAGAAGCACAUAGAAGACGUUAAAUGCUUUGUAAUUUGAUCAGUUAUUACAUGAUCACUCAUGGAAGUUUGUUCCCAACAUCCACCGUUCAGUUGAGUAAAAUUGAUAACGAUCGUGUGUAAAUUAAAACAAGUUGGCAUGCCAGAACCUCACGAACAAGGAAUUGCUGAUCAAUGAAAAGCCUGCUAAGAUGUGUGUUGGUAGCUCUGAUGGCUCAAAACACUUUUGUAAUGCAUGAGCUCACAAUAUGUGGCUGAUAAUUAUUUCUUAUUUAAUACUUUUAUCGUUGGAAUUAUUUUGCAUUGCAGUCAAAAGAGACGGAUCUGAUGCGUUCUAUUGUUUUUGCAUGAUAAAAAAUGUAAAAAAUGUACCACGAACAAGAUGUAAAAUUCAUCAUUACAUGAAAGGAAUACGUAGGAGACGUAUAGAUUAAUGCAAGGUUAUGUCCAUCGUUUAUCCUACCUACCUAUUGUAGUAGGUAGCUCAUAAACAUAAAUACACGGUUACCUGCAAUUAAUGUAUAUUCUUAUGUCAUAAUAUUCCGUCGAUAUUAUAUCGGAGCAUGUUUUUAUAGUAGAGUGUGAUAUUAAUCUAUCUUCACUUAAUUAAGGUGAUUUUCAUCGUCAUGGUAUAAUGUAUACAAGUAAAAUAAUCGUAAGCUAGACACACAAGAACUAAUCUCUACUCUUACGAUGGCGGCCGAGAU